AUGAGCAUCAACACAAGUCCGAUCGGAGCGGCGCCGCCACCGCCCGGGGAGACGCCCAACUUUGACAAUCCCCGUGACGCCGGGCAUAUGCUCCACAUGGUGUACAUGAUUCUCGUACAGAUUGUUGUCGUGGUUUUCUUCGCCUUGCGGGUCUACGUCAAACUGGAGUUGCCUAGUUGGAUGGGUAAGCUUACGGCGUCUGAGCUAGAUAACUUGCGGGUCCUGACUUGGCUGUAUAUCAGCUCGCUCCUGUAUUCGCCGGCAGCCUUUUUCACCAAAACGGCCCUCCUGCUUCUUACCGUUCGCGUUUUCUCCGUCGACAGGACCGUUGCCCGGAUACUGCAUGCUCUUUUGGCAUUCUUUCUCUUGUGUUAUAUACCAGCACAAGUCGCAAAGACUCUCGUUUGUAUCCCAGUUCAGGCAUUUUGGGACACGACGGUUGUCAACUUCAAGUGCAUCGACCAGACUAAGCUUUUCUUGUACGACGGCUCCAUCUCAAUCAUGUCAGAUCUGAUGAUCUUGGUUGUUCCCAUCCCUUUGACUUGGGCUCUGCGGGUGUCGUUUGCCAGAAAGGUGAAGGUGAUGGCACUUCUAGGUGCGGGCGGUGUAGCUUUUGCCGUGACGGUGUAUCGUGUAUACCUUACCACAAAGUUCGGAGACACCAAAGACCCGACUGUGGAUUUCAUUCCUCUUGACUGGACUGUGACUGGAGAGCUCGCCAUUGGUCUGGUUUGCGCUUGCUUUCCUUCAAUCAACCAUCUUCUCGAGCGGCGCAGCGCUACGAGAGUAUCGUCUAAUUCUUCCACGGCAGGAAUUUCUUGGUGGAGGAAAGCAUCGAAAGACUGUCUUGACUCUCUGUCAUCUUGGGGGAUGAAUCGUCGGUCCGAGCUAGCGGCGGGGAACAGAACGAGACUCCAAAACACGACAGCAGAUUCGAAUGCAAGACUUGCGUCGACUCCCGGAAGCACCCCAGGCACAGAAAGGGAUGAGCCGCAGCAGUCGGACUAUGACAUUGAACUGGCCGUGAUUUCGAUGCCACCAAGCGAGCCUCAUCCGGGAAACUUGGUAACGACGAGGGUGGGCAGCCGUAACGACGACCUGUUAAACCCUCUACCAGUCAUUCGACGCAGCAGUCCUUUCAGAAUCGAAGGCCCGUCUUGA